CACACUGAUCCCUCUCACAAUCAGCUGACCGGAGACAUCUUGAUAAAACUUCAAGGACUUCAAGAAGGACAACAAAGCCAAAGAGUGCCACAUUGGAAGAGUGAAGGCUGCAGCUGGCCCUGGGAGCUUCCUGCAAGGUCUCCAGCAAGUGGAGCAAGAAGUGCAGCAGAGGAGCCUUCACCAUGGAGCAGCUGAGUUCAGCCAACACCCUCUUCGCCCUGGAGCUGUUCCGCACCCUGAAUGAAAGCAGCCCCACAGGAAACAUCUUCUUCUCUCCCUUCAGCAUCUCUUCUGCCUUGGCCAUGGUCUUUCUGGGGGCCAAAGGCAACACUGCAGCCCAGCUUUCUAAGACCUUUCAUUUCGACUCUGUUGAGGACGUCCAUUCACAGUUUCAAAGCCUGAACACUGAAGUGAGCAGGCGUGGAGCAUCUCACACUCUGAAGCUUGCUAACAGACUGUACGGAGAGAAAACCUACAAUUUCCUUGCUGACUUCUUGGCUUCAACCCGGAAAAUGUACGGUGCUGACUUGGCCCCUGUGGAUUUUCAACAUGCCACUGAGGAUGCAAGGAAGGAGAUAAACCAGUGGGUCAAAGGUCAAACCGAAGGUAAAAUCCCAGAACUGUUGGCUAAGGGUGUGGUGGACAGCAUGACCAAACUUGUGCUAGUGAAUGCCAUCUACUUCAAAGGAAUGUGGGAGGAGAAAUUCAUGACAGAGGACACAACAGAUGCUCCAUUCCGACUGAAUAAGAAAGAUACAAAAACAGUGAAGAUGAUGUAUCAAAAGAAAAAAUUUCCAUAUGGCUACAUUUCAGACCUGAAGUGCAAGGUGCUGGAGAUGCCUUACCAGGGUAGAGAACUUAGCAUGGUCAUCCUGCUGCCUGACGACAUUGAGGACGAGUCCACAGGUCUGAAGAAGAUUGAGGAGCAAAUAACUUUGGAAAAGCUGCGUGAAUGGACCAAGCGCAAGAAUUUGGAAAACAUUGAUGUCCAUGUCAAAUUGCCCCGGUUCAAGAUAGAAGAGAGCUACAUCCUCAACUCUAACCUGGUCCGCCUGGGAUUGCAGGAUCUCUUUAGCAAUAGCAAGGCUGAUCUGUCUGGCAUGUCAGGAUCCAGAGAUCUUUUCAUAUCAAAAAUUGUCCACAAGUCCUUCGUGGAAGUGAAUGAGGAAGGAACAGAGGCAGCCGCUGCCACGGCAGGCGUUGCUACAUUCUGCAUGUUGUUGCCUGAGGAAGAAUUCACAGUGGACCAUCCGUUCCUUUUCUUCAUUCGGCACAACCCCACAUCUAAUGUGCUCUUCCUUGGUAGGGUUUGUUCCCCAUAGAAGGAGACUUUACAGAUACAAGGCAGAGCAUGGAGUUUUAUUCCCUGAGAUUUUAAUAGUGAUUAUUUUCAUUUGUACCUGACAAUAAAACCUCUAAACAGAAA